UGAGUACACCUUGAGUCACCUGGGGAAAGACAGAACAGCGAAGGCGGAGGGAGAGGCAGUCAGGGAGUUUAGUGUGGGGCUCAGGCGAGCGCAAUCCUGUCACACUGGGGAGGAGGAGGAAGAAGAAGGGAGCCCCAUGGAGAAGGAGGGCAGCUCCUCGUGGGCCAUGGGGCUGCUGAAAACCUUUGACUCCAGCGAGUUCGUGAGCUGGGAGAAGAUCGGCUCCGGGGGCUUCGGGCAGGUUUACAAAGUCCGUCACAUACACUGGAAAACAUGGCUCGCUAUCAAGUGCUCGCCCAGCCUGCAUGUGGACGAGAAGGAGCGUAUGGAACUCUUGGAAGAAGCCAAGAAAAUGGAAAUGGCAAAAUUCCGCUACAUCCUUCCAGUUUAUGGCAUCUGCAAGGAGCCUGUGGGCUUGGUCAUGGAAUACAUGGAGACGGGAUCACUGGAAAAGCUCCUGGCCUCGGAACCACUGCCCUGGGAGCUACGCUUCCGAAUCAUCCAUGAGACUGCUGUGGGCAUGAACUUCCUUCACUGCAUGUCUCCACCUCUGCUCCACCUGGACCUUAAGCCAGCUAAUAUAUUGCUUGAUGCCCAUUAUCAUGUCAAGAUUUCAGAUUUUGGAUUAGCCAAGUGCAAUGGUCUUUCUCAUUCUCAUGACCUCAGCAUGGAUGGACUCUGUGGCACUAUUGCAUACUUGCCUCCGGAGCGCAUUAAAGAGAAGAACAGAUAUUUUGACACCAAGCAUGAUGUCUACAGUUUUUCCAUUGUUAUCUGGGGAGUUCUGACACAGAAAAAGCCUUUUUCAGAAGAAAAUAACAUUCUACAUAUUAUGGUGAAGGUAGUUAAUGGCCACCGCCCAGAACUACCCACAGUUUCCAAAUCCAGACCUCGUGCAUGCAAUAACUUGAUCAAACUGAUGCAAAAGUGCUGGCAAGAUGACCCUAACAAGAGGCCAACAUUUCAAGAGAUCACCUCUGAGACAGAAGAUCUUUGUGAAAAACCAGAACAUGAAAAUAAGGAAAUGAUAGUUCAAGAGACUAAAAAUACUCGGGAAACUUACCCUAAGGAGAUGCCUGUAUUGUCCCAGCUAGAGCAAGAGCCUGGUCCCACAUCAGUGAAGGAUUAUAGCCUCUCUGAGUUGUUGUCCCAGCUGGAUUCAGGAAUUUCACAGACGGAAGAGCCUGAAGAGCUCAGUCGUAGUGCUUCCGAAUCUAGGCUUGCUUCCAGCGACAAAAGGCUUUCAGGGGUGUCCUCUGUGGAUUCGGCCUUUUCUUCCCGAGGUUCCCUGUCGCUGUCAUUUGAGAGAGAGAAUUCUGGAACAGAUACUGGUAUAACAGAUAUCCAGAAAAGAAAGCUGGCUGAGGCGAUCACAUCUGGAGACACUGGCAAACUGAUGAAGAUCCUUCAGCCUCAGGAUGUUGACCUUGUUUUCGAUGGGAAUUCAAGCCUUCUGCAUUUGGCUGUUGAAGCAGGCCAAGAAGAAUGCGUCAAGUGGCUCCUUCUAUAUAACGCCAACCCCAAUCUGACCAACAAGAAGGGUUCUACACCCCUCCAUGUGGCUAUAGAGAAAAAGAACAAAAGUAUUGUUGAGCUGCUUCUGGCAAGGAAAAUUAAUGUGAAUGCUAAAGAUGAGGACCAGUGGACAGCACUUCAUUUUGCUGCCCAGAACGGGGAUGAGUUGAGCACAAGAACACUGCUUGAGAAGAAUGCCUUGCUGAAUGAAGUUGACUUUGAAGGAAGAGCUCCCAUCCAUAUUGCCUGCCAGCAUGGCCAAGAGAACAUUGUACGCAUCUUCCUGAGAAAAGGAGUUAAUGCAGAUGUCAAAGGGAAGGACGACUGGGUGCCUCUGCAUUAUGCUGCCUGGCAAGGUCACCUGUCCAUUGUAAAGCUUCUAGCCAAGCAGCCUGGUGUCAACGUGAAUGCGCAGACAAUGGAUGGAAGAACCCCUCUGCACCUGGCAGCCCAGAGAGGGCAUUAUAGAGUAGCUCGUAUCCUUGUUGAGCUGCAGUCAGACAUCAAUAUUAAAAAUGUGUUCCUUCACACUGCUCUCCAUGUAGCUGCGGAAACUGGCCACACCAGUACUUCAAGGCUGCUUCUCAACCGAGGUGCAGAUGUAGAAGCGGCAACAGCAGAAGGCUAUACUGCACUCCACCUAGCAGCUCGCAAUGGCCACUUAUCAACGACCAAGCUGUUGAUUGAAGAAGGCGCGGAUAUCCUGGCCAGGGGUCCUUCCAGCAGGACGGCACUUCAUCUUGCUGCUGAAAAUGGACAUGAUGAAGUAGUUGAGGAACUUGUCAGUUUGGGAAAUGUAAAUGACCCUGAUGAGGAAGGAUUGGUAGCUCUGCAUCUGGCUGCAAAAGGGGGACACACGCACACAGUUGAGAUUUUAUUAAGGCAUGGUGCCCUUCCUGAUAUGAAGAGCUUUGCCUUUCAGACCCCACUGCAACUGGCUAAGCAGAUGGGAAACAGUGCUGUCGUCACAUUACUUGGCAAAUAUGAAAUUCUAUCCAAGCAGAAGCUACUUGUUGACGAAGCCAUGCAGUCUAAUGAGCCGAGUGAGUGUGGAGCCAGAAGAUCCUGAGCACAGUCGGACACUUUCCUAUAAGGUGGUGUUGAGCAAGCCAUAUGUAAAGAUGAUGGACAGAUCCUUCCCCUUCUCCUUUGGUACAAAGGGACUUCAUUCGCCCUAGAGAUAGAUGGUGUGAGGAAUAACUUCGUUAAAGGCUAAAUGGAUGCUUGUCUCUUUCAAUUUAGAGUCCAAUAUCAAAUAUUUCAAUCAUUUGUGCAUUCAGACACUUCUUAGAAUGUCACACUAGAAUAUUUUUUAAACUUUAUUUUCCCCGGUGUGCUUCCAUGGUGCACAAGUCAAUACAAAAAUUAGCAAUUGUUGGGGGGAAAUAUGUAUUCUUGGAGUAGUUGUCAUUGUAUGGAUGACUAUCAAAAUCUGUUUCAUGAAUGCACAAGAGAUUCUUUAAAAAGAACGUAGAAAUCCUGAUUUCAGAGCCACACAUUUCUUCUUCUCAAUCAGUUUUCCAUGGUUGUGAUGAGCUAGUGCUUGCCAUAAGAUCUGCAAGUAUCUGAAUGUUAAUUGAAGGGAGUGUUGCAUAAAAAUUCAUUUCUGUUAUACAACUGCUUGUGGAUAUGUGUGAUGUUGAUAGAGAGAGGUGUGUGUGUGUGUGUGUGUGUGUGUGUGUGUGUGUGAGAGAGAGAGAGGGAGAACUGAAGUGCAAGGUGUGUGUGUAUGUUAAAGCUGGACGACUGAUUUUUGUAAACUGUGUAUGCAAGUCUGGAAAUUUCCUAUGUAACAGUUUGGAAAUUUCUGAAGAGCAGUCUUAAAUGGUGUAGAUUAUUGAACCACAUGUACAGUGCCUUCUAAUUGAACUAACUGUGUUGGCUAACUAAUAUAAAGAUAUACUGUGUAUAUAGUAUUCAGUCCAUUUGUAUGUCCUUUUCUACUUCAGAAAACUGAACUCUUUAGAUCUGGGUAUGUUUUAAUACACCUUUCUAAAUGUUCAUUAUUUUCAAGUGUGACCUGUUUUAUCAAUAAAAUAGUUCUGCUUUA